GUUUGAGGUAGGCGGGCUGUUCUAAGUUUUUGCCUCCAGCGCUAACGGUGCUGAGUUUUCAUGUUGCGCUCUGCUGGUUGAAUCCACUUGCUUUACACUAAGGUUUCCUUUUGUUUUCAAGGUGUUGAGAUUUUCCAUUCUUUCACUGGUAUUUUUAUUUGCGAGUUACCUUUCCGACCUCUGAUUUUACACCUAUCUUCUUACAGUUUGGAAUCAGUGAUUUGGAUUAGGCGUCGUUAUAUAAUAUAGAAUCUUCCAAACUAAAUGUAAACUUAAAAUAUUACUCAGAUCGAGAUUUGAUUUGUGACAAAAGUACCAGCCUGUCAGGAUUGAAUAAGCGUAUAUGUCAGCAGCGAGUGUUGUUGUAACAUUGGUUUCUACCAUAUUAUCACUCCUUUUAUUCCGGCAUAUGAUGCUUUUUUUAGAAACCCUAGUUACCGACUGUUAUGACCAAUCAGUGUGUUAGUGCUGUUGAACGGCAAAUAGUUUUGCCAAAUAUUUCAAGUCUUCCGUUUGUAAAUGCCUUGCGAAUUAAAUUGUUAGAUCGAGUGUUUUUCUAUUUUGGUUAUCACUACUGUUGACAUAAACAUAAGAGAAAUUUAAAAGUGAUGUGGUGCGUGAAAAAUGCGUCACUAGUGUAGUGUAAUAAGACGUAACCGAGAUAAAAUUAAUUUUCUAUGACAAUAAUUGUUUGAAAUCGUUACGUUACCGGAGUCCCUGUACUUGUUUCCUAUAUUCUAGCGGCUCUUCAUUCAGUUGAAAUGACUCUCUAAUAGUCCGUCGUUUUAGAGUCCUUCGCUCUAGCUUUUUUAUUGUCGUUUUCCUCUUUUAGUGGAGAGUGAAGAACCGUUCAUGUGAAAAUAUAAAAAAACUAGGAAUCAAAAUAAGAUACUAACCAAUAAUUGGGUGCACAAAAUUUCUGUUAAACUAGGUCGACGUGAAAGUAACUUUGUAUUAACAUGGGCUUAUAUAGUACGUGACACGACUUUCAUCUAACCAUGGAAUAUUUCUAAACGGUAAAGUUCAGUCAAAUAAUACAUAUGCUGUCCUUCCAUAGGAUGGUUAGAAUCAGGGAUUGAAUAUAGGUUUUUUUGUCACAACCCGACAGCCAAAAAGCUAUGUAGCAAAUAUGAAUGAGUGAAAUUCGCGCCAAAACUCAUGACAUGUCAUUCCAAAUCUGUUUGGUUCGUCAAUAAAUUGGUCUUGCUGAACAUUUCUUUCAAUAGAUUCUAUUCUCUUCUCCAAACAAAUAAUCCAGAAAGUUUCCAGGGUUCGGGCGAAUUACAUCGUUUACAAUUAUAGCAUGUCAAUAUAGGAUUAUGUAAUAAAAUUUCUGUUGAGAUGACUAGUUCGGAACGUUAACUGGAAUAUGCUUAUACGUUAAAUGUAAUUGUGAGAUUAAUAAUUUUAAUGAAUAUAGAUUGCUUGUAUUGGAAUAAUUUAUUUGAAAGUACAUUCUUUGUCUAUAUAUUGGUGUUAUAAGUAACAUUGUUAGUAUGUAAUGUCUCAGCCAGUAUUCCUCUGUUCUAAUUCUGACUUAUCAUAAUCGUUUGGACAGUAUAUUAUUUCCUUAAGCGACCACGGUAAGUAGUAAAGUGAUUACUUUCAACCCUGUACCUCUAGUUUUGACGAUUAUUAGUGUCAGGCUUUCUUAUAAAACCGUAGGUAAAUUCCUAGUUAAGCUUCAAUUAAUGUGGUAGUCUUUCUUAGAUCUUACAAAUCGACUGUGGUCAAUUGUAUACAAACAACUGACCGCUAUGCAGUCUUGGAAUAUGGUUUCCAAUCUUAGAUUCGGCAAAAUCACUGCACUAGGUAUUCGUAUAAACCCCAAUUGCGUGAUAGUUUGGGGGCAACUACUCGACGUUACUUGAGCUCUUCAUGCAUGUUUCAGAGAUAGCAUUUACAUGUAGUAGUAGUAACUCCUUUAAACAGUUAAGUCAGUUGUCUAGUUUUAAACGAAAUAUAAUCGUUUAGGGUUCAAUCCACCCGAAAAGAAAGUUUAAUAUGAUAUUAAAAAUGCCUGUUCUUUUGUUUAAACCACUAAUUUAUGCAGCAAAACUUCCGGGGAAUGCAAUAGCAAGUAUUGGUUAGGAUAGUUUUAUAAAAAUAUAGGUUUAAUUACCACACAUAUACUACAUUGCCAAAGGUUUAAUAGCCAGUGACAAAACUUCACUCUUAGUUAAUCGUCCUUGUGUCACAGACAAAGUGUUGUACGAACACAGCCUAAAUGGGCUUCCUUUUAGCUUUUAAAAUACGGUAAGCAUUAAUCAAGUCGUUGGAUAUGACAUGCCAUUUCUAGGCUGAUUUUUCAAACUCACUGUCGAAAGCUUUGCUCAAAGAUAAGUUAGCCGAUAGAGAUGCUAUCAUUGUAUUCUAAGACAUUCAGCACUGUCGCUACGCUACUCCCAUAACAAAAAGUAACUAAGUCAACAUUUACUAGGUAUAUGGGCAUGAGCCAUACUAUGUAAGGACUAACGAGAGCAUUGUUAAUGACUCAGUGGGCUCCGUCUUUUAAUGGUCGCUUUGAAAUAAGAUAAAGUAUGGUUUUUUAGGAUCUGUGCUAUCAACAGUUUAUAUAACACAAGGUUAGCAUAUUUAACUAUCAUUAUUAUCAUUUUGGUUAUUAUAUAUUUUAUACUAGUGCUUUGGGUUUUAAGAUGCCUCUUAUCAGUACGAAGCUACAUGUAUUGAACCCGGUGUGGAGAAAAAAGAAACCUCGUGACACUGAGCAACACGAAGAACCCGAACCAAAACCAGCAUUUAUCGUCCCAGAAACUCAAGAAAUUUGUACAUCUGCCGAGGAACUGCAGCGCAAAAUUACUAUAUAUAAUGAAAAUAUAUGGACUUGUCGUGUAACUGGGAAACCUAAUUUAACUUAUCGGGAAGCAUUGAAAACUGAAGCAACUGCUAUUCGGACACUAAAAAAGUGUUUCCCCAAGUUUUUUGAAAAAACCAUCCUUGAGCGCGUCCAUCUCAGUACUCUACCCCUGGAAUCCUUGGUACACAGCUGCUGGACCACCAUACAUGAACAAUUUCAUAUUGCGGAACCUGUGAAACUAAAAGUUGACUCUGUUUCGAAUACACCAAUACGUGGAAUAAUUGAUGAUAUAAUAAAAUCUCAAACUGUACCGACACCUGUUCCGGAUAACACUUCACCGAAUAAUAGUGACAAAGAAAAUGUGACUAAAAAGAAUUCUCCCAUCAAGAAAAACUACGCUUACAGUGUUAAAGUCCUUUCGGAUAUCCCUGUUGUUGUACAUGAUGUUCCAGCCUGUUCCAUUGACCGUAUCAACCGAGCACCUUCCAAAGACCAUAUCAAAAUGUUUAUUCGAAGUCAUGCUAUGCGUUAUGGACCAAACUUUACAGGUCCAUGGAUUGUAAAUGAGGAGCUUUUACGACGUCAUAAAAUACCUUUAAAAAGUCCCGGAUGUCAAGUUGAUAAAGUUAAGUUAAAACAAAUGUCCAAAGCCCUGGAGGAGGAAUACUUUGUACGCGUUAUGAACUCCCGACGUCAGUCCAACGGAGAAGGUACAUCAGAUGAUGUUACCUCAAGCACACCACUUAAUUUUAAACGUAUCAAACGCUUCUCUGUUCUACGUGAAGACAACACUCCCAAGAUGCUUGAAGAAAAUGAAGAUAACUUACCGCUAGCUCAGUUAAAAGAUCGUUCUCAAUUUAAACAAUCGUUGGAGGAUAGUAGAAAAAAGAAAAUGAAACAGUCCACCUUAUUUCAAUUUGGCAAGAAAACUCCUACGAAAGAUGAAAUACCAGACAAGUCAGCAAUCAAUCGUCCUAAAAAGAAUACUAAUGAAAGAUGUGCAUUACCUCGAGUUGCUCAACAUCUCAUCAAAAUGUUUGGAGAAGAUCGUAAUAAUCCAGCCAUAGAAACUCAGAUAAGGCUCUGUGCAAAAUUCAUAAGUGACGUAGAUAUUCUUAAGUUGCCUGUUGAAUUACGCGAUCCUGUGCGAUCAAAGAAAGAAGCGUUUGCGUUCAAAAAAAAGUUACUGACUAUGUCACCGACUCAACGAAAGCAAGCACUCCAAGAAAUGAAAGAAAAACAGAAGAUUGAACAUAUUCACGCUAAUAAAUUGCUUGAUGAUCAACAUCUUAUGACUGCUUUGCCUCAGUGCCCUCGUUUACCUGAACCUUCCAAACUUGAACUUCCUCCUAGUUUCAACGAAUCUUUGUUUGGACGCCUGCUAGGAUUAACAGAAUUUUUCCAUGUCUUCCAUAGCUUACUUGUUGAAGGAUCUGUUGAUGAUACCGAGGUAGAGAAUCCAUCUGAAAAUAAUGUCCUAUCUGGCUUUUGUCGCUUUCCAGUCGAAUCUCUUGUAGCCGGGGUUGGUGAACCGGGUUAUUCUGAUGAUGAUGACGAUGGUAAUACUGAUGAAGAAGAGGAAGAAGCUGGAUUAACUGAAUCAAAUGCUCCACUUCCGAAAAUAUGUAUAAAGUCAUUGCGUCGUCUAGGAUUGAAACGAUUACUUAACGCUGUCACCACAAAUAAUCCAUCAGCCGGUGCCUAUCGAUCACUAGCACGUCCUUUAAGUGUCCUAUUACGCUUAGUCUUAAGAGAUGAACAAAUAGGUAAAAAACGUGAGUUGGGCUUGAAACUGGCUAAAUUCCCAGUUACACCGUAUACAGCUCCUGAGCUUCUUAGAUUGACUCUUUUAAACGAAAUCCCAUCAAAUCAUGCUAGAACAACUAUAUUGGAACAAUUACGAAAUCAUGAUGCUCCAGUCACCGAUCCUAAUCCAUUUGACCAGAAUUCUGUGACACAACUUAUACAGCACUUAUCCAACUCUGAUCUACAUGAACUGUUUCCAGAAAUACGUGUAAUAGCGUUGGAAUGGGCAGUGGAUAAAAUUUUCGAUCUUGAUCUUAUAGAUGAUCAUAUUAUGGCAUGUCAACGUCGUGCAGCUGAUGCUUGGCAAAGGAAAAUUCAGGUAUUACGUGAUAAAAACUUACGAAAAAAAGACAAAAAAGAUAAUGCAAAUGAAGCUAACAAAGCCACCAGUAAUAAUAAUAAUAGCAAUAAUAUAUCUACCAAUCAACUUGAUGAGUCGAAGUCUAAAGCAGACACUACCGCUACUGCUGAUGAUAUCACAGAUUCUGAAAAUGACUUAGCAUCAAUUGUAAAACGCAGACGAAUUCUAGCUGCACGAGCAGCAAUAGAAAAGGAAGAAAAAGAAAAUCUGGAACGUCAACGCCGUCUGGAAAUGGCUCAAGAACAUGCUGAAGAACGUGCAAUUAACACAGUUAGUCGACUUCAUGAUAUUCGGUCUACAGAAGCAAAAUGUGUUCUACGAAACAACCCUAUUGGUUAUGAUAGAUAUUAUCGUCGUGUUUGGUAUUUCCGUUGUUCUCCGGAUCGUUUGUUUUUGGAGGCUAAUUGGGCUUCCUCAAGUAUCAUGUAUUCGGUUGAUUCCUUUAGAAAAAAUGAAUCUGUCCCAAUUACCACUUUGAGUGAUGAAUCAAUACCACAACCUGCUCAUGAAUUUGUAAAAAAUGGCACAUUGAACAGUGGAACUAUUUCAAGUUCCUGGAGUAAUUGGUAUUUUUAUGAUCGUCCUGAACAGUUAGAUGAAUUGUUAAAUUCAUUGCUAACUCGCGGUGUUCGAGAAAGUCAUUUAAAAAGUCAGUUAUUGGCAGAUGGAUUUCUGGAGUCACUUAAAAAAAGAUGGAGAAGUGGUCUCUCAAAUGAAUUGGUAAUUAAAGCUGACACGACGAAUGGUACUCCUAUAAAUGUAGAAAAACAUCCAUCUCAUCAUAAACGCGAUCUUCCUGCUGGAGCCGCUUUGGCAGGAGCAUUGUUAAAAAAUAUUUUAGAUACUGAGGUUCGUCUAAGAUCCGGUGGUCUCGGUGGUGUACCAGAUUUUACAAAAUGGCAAGAGCGUUUAGCACAAAUACAAGAAUCCUAUGGAAUCCAACAAGAAACUCUUAAUGUAAAUUUGUCUUCAAAACCAAAUCUGUCAGCUUUAUCCAGUCUAUGUGAAUUGCCAAAUAAAGCAGGACUUGCUAUUGCUCUUAUUGAAGUAGCUGAAAAUAUAAUACCUCGCUUUUUAAACGUUCCUGAUCUUUGCACCAAGUCAAAAUUCAACUCUAAUCAAAAUGGAACAAAUGAUUGUCAUGAUCUAAAAACUUCCUUUCCAGAUCAUGUACCAUUUUGUAGAUUUUCAUCUGGAGAAGAUUCAGACGCAUCUGAAAGUAAUGAUCGUUCACAGGAACUGGAGAAAGCUGUUUUAGACCCUGAAGCUCAUGAACUACGAACUCGUGCUUGGAUGACAGCUUGGCGUACUGAAGUUCAAAAUGCUCGUACACUGACCCGAUUAAAUCUCUUACAUGCAUGUCUGGAUGCAUGUGUUCGCUGGGAAAAGUCAGUGGAAGAUGCGCGCUGUCGUAUUUGUCGUCGGAAAACAGAUGAUGAUAAUUUACUACUUUGUGACGGUUGUAAUCUUGCUUUCCAUCUCUACUGUUUACGUCCACCAUUAAAACGUGUACCAACAGGUGAUUGGUUCUGCCCGACUUGUGGACCAGCCUCCCGUGCCCUUGAGAAGCGUAAGCGUGAAGAACGUUUAGCUCGAUCUGCAAGACGACGAAAACGUGCUUUGUCAUCUGAUGAUGAUGAACAAUUAAAUUCCGAUAAUAAUGAAGAAAGUAGUGGCGAAAGUGAAGCUACUCAAAAAAUCAAACGUCGAAAUCCCCGUUCAUUUCGAUCCAAAGGCGGUAAUGACUCAAGUGCGUUCAAUAUAAAACGUUCAAUUAGUCCAACCAAUCGUAAUUCAGUUUCAUCUAGAAAUAUCAGACACGAUACAUCCUGUCUUGUUUGUUCAGAUUCAAUUGGUGAUUUGGUUCUAUGUUCCAACUGUCCAAAUGUAUUCCAUCUGGACUGUCAUGAUCCCCCAUUGCACCAUAUUCCACGUGGAGAUGGUUGGCUGUGUUCAGUUUGCCGGUCGAAUAAAAAACGUUCUACUAUUACUUCUUAUUUUCAAAGCAGAGAUUAUCGUCGAAAAACUUAUCAAGCAGUUUUAAAGAAACGAGCUGUCAGUCCAGAUGAACGUAGCGAAGAUGAACUUUUAAAUAGUACAUCUUUUACUCGUUCAACACGAAGUAACAAUAGAUCUCGAAGGAAUAUCGCAAUGUCUGACACUGAUGAUGAACGACGAUCGAGUGAAGCAUCUUCAGAUGUAGAUAUCCGCUCUAAUAAUCAACGUCCAAUUUCCCGUCGACGUAGUGCUUCACGAUCAGCGUCUGCUCUUAGUUCACAACUAAAUAAAUAUCCAAAACGUAGACGACGACACUUGUCUGAUCAGGAGGAUACUUCAGAAACAGAACAAAUGGACGAAAAGUCUCAAUCUUUAUGUUCACACAUUCUUGAUGCUGUGUAUAAGCACAAACACUCAUGGCCGUUCAGAAAACCUGUUGAUAGAAGCCAGGUUCCCGAUUAUUAUGAAAUUAUCACAGAUCCUAUCGAUUUGUCCAUGAUGCGUGAUUGGCUUUCUGAAGGACGGUAUAACACGGAAACUACCAGCGCAGGACUGAAGAAACUAGUACAUGAUCUAGGUACUAUGUUUUAUAACGCCGAAUUAUAUAAUGCUGCUGACUCAGACGUUUGGUUAGCUGGAGAGCAGUUAGAAAAAUUCGUGAAGAAUCAGUUCGCUCAUAUAAACACAGAUGUUAUCUACUCUAGACCAGCACUUGGUGAUGCAUGAAUAUGAAUAUGAAUAAUCGUAUUUUGGUGAAAUUAUGAUGGAAAUUUUUUUUGUGUGUGUGGAAAUAUCUGUUUUUGAAUUAUUUGUGUACGCAUAAAAGCAAUAAUCUAAGUCAAGUUUUGAUAUGUGUGUGUUUAUACUAUCUCCUGUUAUUAAAAACAAACUUACAAUGACUCGAUUUAAACAAUACACAUAAUCUUCUUAUUCAUUAUUAUUAUUUUGACUAUCAGCUUAUUCUCUAUUUGUCUUUUUUAUUUUGUCAGUGGAUAUUCUAAGUGUAUGCAUUUACAAUUUAGAAAGAGAGAAUUAUAUAUAUCUAUCUAUUUUCUAGUGUGUUUUUGUUGCAAACUUUUUUUUUAGAAAAAAACAAAUUAUUUAUUUAAGUAAAGUUGUAUUCGAAUUAACAACAUUCAGUAAAACAGUUUUGAAUAUGUAUUUUUUUCUCUAUUUUGUUUCUCCUCUAAUUUUUUUUCGACUUUUUUCUUUUCUUUAAAAAUCAUCGAAUCACUUGUGCUCAACAUUGUCAAUGUGUGCUUCCUUUGUGUAUAUGAUUGAUAAUUGUUCAGUGACUUCUGUUUCUCUUCCCUCCUCUCUCUCCCUCUCUCUCUCUGGUUCUCCCUUUUCUUGUGUCACAUUCUUCAUGAUAUAGAUGUGCAGGUUUGUACAGCCUUAUUGUACACUUUCUCUCUCUCUCUCUCUCUCUCU